AAUUUUUGUAUGGGUUGUCCCACUUUGCUGAACCCCUUCUUCCCCCUUAAAGCGUGACGUUAUUUAUGGACGUUCCCUUUGAAGAAAACACAAUAGGGCACCGCACUGUUUUGAUUUUGUAUGGGAUUUUGACGUUUCUUGGCCUUGUUGUUUACAAAAUUUCUGUAAGAGUGAAAGAGAAGGGGAGAAUUUCAUGCCCUAUUGUUUGAAUAAAUAAGUUUGAACCACCUCAUUGCCUACAGAUGGCUAGAUGGCUAGACUCUCUUGAUCGCAGCCACCCACUAGUCAGCCCCCAGCUACCCAUCCGUCAGUGUCAAUUGUUUUGAAAUUUCACCAGCACCACAAAAUGGCGAUCACCAUCGGCGUCCCCACGUUGCGCUGCACCCUGAUCCUGCUGAACAUGAUGUGCUUUCUGAGUGGCCUCUCGCUGGCCAUCGUGGGUGCCGUGAUGCACACCAAACUGGAAACGAUCACCAGUCUCACCCAUCGGGACAACCUACUGACGAGCCAAUCGCUGAUGGCCAUGGGCUUGGGCGUGAUCAUCUUUGCGGUGGCUUUCUUCGGAUUCUGCGGAGCGGCCAAACACUCGUACUGCAUGACCGUGACUUACGUGAUGUUGACGAUGGUGCUGAUCGUGAUCCAGAUUGUGGUGGCGGUGCUGCUGUUUGCCGGCACGGACCACAGCCGGCACGAUUACCUGGAGUGGUUCGACGAGUACUUUGACCAUGGUAUCAGCGUGGCCAAGAGGUCCAGCGUGGUGGAUCCGAUCAUCGAUUACCUGCAGAGCACCUACGAAUGUUGCGGGAAGAUAUCGUUUCUGGACUGGGGUAACAAGCUGCCGGAUUCCUGCUGCGCGGAUGGACGUACGGGGCCGAACUGCGUCCCGUUUGAGGAAGGAUGCGAACGGAUGCUGGAGGGAUACAUUCGGCAGACGGGCAAAAUCAUCGGUUGGAUCCUGAUGUGGCUGACGGUGUUCGAGUUCGUCGCUCUGACGUUGGCCUGCUGUCUGGCCAACGGGAUCAAGAAUCGAGUGGAUGCACUGUACUUUGCUUGAGUUGGUGCUACGGAAAUAUAAAUUUCUAAGUAAAAUAAAAUCUUAUUAGAAAAUAUUCCCUGGGCUUGAAUUAUAUUUUUAGGGAGUUUUGAUUUUUUGCAUACAUAUAUCUUUCUUUGUUUGUAAUAUUCUCAGAGGUUAUCGAAAUCCAAUAAGGCGCGUUACCGGGUUUCAGAUUGGGACAAAGGGAGAUCUCUCGCUUUUGUGUUGUAGUCAGCCAGUGUGAUCUCCUAUAGUGUUGUAGUACGAUUAGAUGAUCUCAUUCUAUGGGAAUUUGAACCUUAUAAUGCAUUGUUUACUAUGCAACUUCAAUUAAGUUUGAAUAGGAUCUAUGGGGUCAUGUCUAGCACUUGAUGACUGAUUCUUACCUAGUAGAGGUACU